GUCAGGUAGGCAAGGUAAGCACGGUAGGCAUGUGUUUUAGUAAUUCGUUAUUCGUUGUAUUUGUGAUAAUACGUAACGAUAGGUGGACUAUUUCCUUAUUUUUACGUAAUUAUAAAAUAAGAAGCUUAUAUGUGUGAAGGAAUUAUCUAGCAAUCUCCUACCCUACUUGUAAUACCUCGUUUACUGGUCACUUUGUUGGCUUUUAUACUACCCCCCAUAUGAAAGCCUUUUGGCAUCAAGAACAGCUUUAUAAACCCAUCGCUUACCAUUUAACAACCAGAACUGUAUUGGCUGUAAUCCUACAUUGUCAAUUUUUAUUUUUAAAUAAUCAUGUACUUUUACACACUUGCUUUUAUUAUUGUUGGUGUUGUAGCUGUUGGUUUGGCUGCACCAGGCUAUGAUCAUCAUAAACAUGUCGUUAUUCAUGUACCUUACAAAGUACAUACAGUUCACCAUCAUCACGUGAAAAAGGUUCCUUAUCCAGUUCACCAUGUAGAAAAAGUACACGUACCAGUUCAUCAUGUUGAAAAAGUACAUGUACCUGUACCUUAUCCAGUUGUUGAAAAAGUUCAUGUACCAGUGAUCGAAAAAGUUCACGUUCCAGUUCACAUUCCCGAGCAUCACCAUCAUGAGGAAGAAAAUAAAUGGCUCGAUGACACAAAGGGAUGGUGGUGAAUAAUAUACUUCCUCUUCUAAUUCUUAUUAUACAAAUAUAAUUAAAUACUUUCCAAAAUGUAGCGUCAGUAUUCAAAAAACAUUUCAAUAAAUUAAGAAUAAAAAAAAAAAUAAGGGACAAAUUGUAGGUGCAAUAAAAAUAAAU